AUGAAUACGCAGAAGCUGAGUGAGCUGAAGAAAAAAACCAAGUGCAGGUUUCCCAUAGCACGAAUCAAGAAAAUCAUGCAGAUUGAUGAAGAAAUAGGAAAAGUCAGCACGUCGGCCCCGAUAGUAAUAAGCCAUGCGAUUGAAAUGUUUUUGGUAAGCCUUCUUAAGCAGAUGGAGGCAGACGCCAAGCAAAAGUUGUCAAAGAAAAUAUUACUGUCGCACUUGGAGGCGUGUGUAGAGAAAGACCCGAAGCUAGAGUUUAUCAAGGCUCUGCUGGGCCCAAAGAAAUAA